GUGUUGGUUAACCUUCGUUUGUUAAAAACAGGAAAAUAUGUCUUCUUUACUUGCAAAACAUUUCUUUAACAGUUUUCAAAAGUCAAAGAGGGCGAUCUGCACAGCUGCCUCAUUUGGAAGAUAUCUGUCAUCUGCAAAUUUUCACAGUAACCCACAGUCCAGCGUUUUGGCCAUGUCGAGGAAACUCGAAUGUAGUUCACUCCAGAAAAGAUUGCUAUACACCGAGACAGACCAGGACAUGUCUCAGCAUAUUGCAAAAGAAAUUGAAAACGAGAAAAAGGGCCCAAGUAGUCAGGCGACAGAAUAUUUAAAAAACUGGAAAAUUGUGCGAGAUGGAUGUGAAGUUUCCAUGUCUAGAACAGAGGGAAACGAAACGAUAACAGUUGAAUUCAAUGUCAACAACGCUACUGAUUUGGUCGAUGAAGGAUCAGGAGAUUACAGUAAUGAAAUGCCACAAAUGAUUUGUAGACCACCAUUUAUUGUACAGAUCCAAAAACAGAGUGGCAUGAAAAUCCGCAUUUCUUGCCAGUUUCUCAAUGAACUAGAAGCAGAUGAUGGGGACGAGCAGGACGUUCGAGAUAAAUUUGAAAUUGUACACUUCAGCGUCUGCAAAGGUGAAAUUAUGCCAUCAACGUAUGUCUGCAGUGGAGAGACAAUGGAUGGAGAAAUGUAUGAAAAGUUGAUGGACAUGUUGGAUGAACGCAGAAUAGACAAUGAAUUUGCCAAAGAGUUGAUUGAUUUUAGCACCAGCUAUGAACACAAUGAAUAUAUCAAGUUUCUCACCACUUUCAAAUCUUUUGUUGAUGAGAAAUAAGAACAGUAUAGUAGAAAUUUGUGAAUAUUUCAUGCAAAGUAGAAGAAUAAUAGUUUUUAACAAAAAGAUGAAUGCUUUGUAUACAUGUACAUUUAAUGAAAGAAUGACAUCUGA